AUGGCGUCUGCACAACACAGCUUUCGCAGCCUUUCGCUAGACUCGGGGUCGAAGCCUCCUGCCGUGCAGCAGGAGUCGAGCCGCGCCUUAGGUCUCUACGACGACCCUGGCGAGCUCCUUAAUCCGCUCGACCAGGGCGCGUUCUUCAGCGCCGUGGCUGCGGGGAACGUGGACGGCGUCGCGGCGCUUCUGAAGCAUAGAAAGGUUGACAUUAACGAGUACAACGGACAGGGCAUGACAGCAAUCUUUGACGCAGUGUACAACUUUGAAUCAUCCCGCAGCGUCAGCAUGGCAAAGCUGCUCAUAGACCACGGCGCCAAGGUCACCAUUAAAGCCGUGGAUUCCCCUGCGGCCAGCAAGCUGUGCUACAUCAAGCACGACUCGCCGCCCUCAGCCAGGUCCGGAAGCCCGGCAAGUUCGGGCAGCCCGGGCAGUCCCAGGAGCCCCAGGAGUCCGAGAGGGCUGGCGGGGAGGAAGGACGAGACUCGCAAGGUGGCAGUGGCUAACAAGACGCCCCUUCUGGUGGCACUGGAACUGAAGUCCAGCUUGUAUCUGAAAGGCUGGGACUACCGCCACUGGGACGCCAUGCUGGACCUGCUUGCUGACGCGACCGUUGCUGAGCUGGCAGGCCGGCCGUUCCACGGGCCGGGGCCGGCACAGCUGCCGGCUGUAGCGGACGGCUGGGCGGCGGUUUUUGGCAGCGGGGGGCAUGAGCUGGUGGAGGUGUGGGCGGAAGGGAAACACAUUAAUGUGUUGAAGAUGCUUCUGGUGGUGCAGUCGAAGAGGUUCAAGUUCGAACUUGAAAAAGCAGCAGCAGUGAGUCCGGGCAGGCUGGAGAUCACAGAGGCAUCAUUCAACGUGGUCAAGGCAGUCAUGGAGUUUCUGUACACGGGCCACGUCAGCAGGGAGUUCAUGGGGCACAGAGGCGUUGACCUGCUGCUGGCUGCGCACAAGUACGAGGUGUUUGCUCUGCAGAAGCUGUGUGAGGAGCAGCUCGAACCCACACCAGAGAGCUGGAUCAAGAUGCUGACCGCAGCGCUGGAGUGUGGCGCCGAUGCACUGGUUCUGAAAGUGGCGAGGUCGAUCCAUGCAGUCAUGAACUCUCGCCAUGCCACCCGCCUCUUUGUCAAGCAGCCGUUUUCCGCCUCCAUCCAUCCUGAGGGUGGCCCGGCACAGCUUCCUUUCAUCGAUGAUUCGGGCGUCGAGGAGGAGGUUGAGGCUAAGACACUCUAA